CCGCACCCAGCCGCCCAGGGCCGCAACAGUCAGGGUUCGUAAGGGCGACCCGGGCCACGUGCUAGGACAUGGCUCUUUUUUAAGGUUGAUUUGUCAUUUCGUUUGAGCUUUUCAUCAUAUAUGGUGUUCAAGUUUUUGCUUUAUUGAUUGCCUGGCAAGAGUCAACUUCAAACACCCCCUGGGUAUCCCAUCAAUCAAGCUUUGUUCGUGUAAGCGAUAUAUGUGGAUGCAUACCUGGCCUACAUGGCUACGAAAAUAGUAAACUCGACAGGAGCAGGACGAUUCACUUCUUUGGUCCCUACGACUUCAAAAGGGAUUGCCGCAGUGUCAUGCAUAGGAAGUAGCGGAAGCAGGGCCUCUUGGUCGCUUGGCGGUCGGCGACUGGCCAGCAUCGACUCAAGCACCUCACGCAAAGAUGGAGGUAAAGUUCAAGCCUGCCAAAGCAUCUCUGUCAAGCUCUCGAGGACACAGUUGGCUAAUCGUUAAUGGGAUGCUCAAUCUCUAAAGGCAGCAAGAAAGAACGAGUGGUGAUCCUUGGCUCCGGGUGGGCAGGCUACGGCUUCGCCCGGACGCUGGACCCGAAAAAGUAUGAGCGGAUCAUGAUCUCGCCACGCUCUUAUUUUGUCUUUACGCCACUACUCGCAGGCACGGCCGUGGGCACGCUCGAGUUUCGAGCGACUCUCGAGUCCGUCAGGAGGCUCGGGUUGGACCACUUCCACCAAGGGUGGGCCGACGAGGUCGAUUUCGCGCGCAAGACGAUCCGCGUCGAGGCCAACACUUCUGACGAGCUCGGCAGCUCGACGACGGCGAAAGCCCUGAAGGCGGCACAGGACCCGUCAAGCAAGGUGGAUGGCGCCCAGCCCGGCAAGGGCGUCAUGUUCGACGUCCCGUACGACAAGCUGGUCAUUGCCGUCGGGGCGUACAGCCAGACGUUUGGGAUCGAGGGCGUCAAGGAGCACGCCUCGUUUCUGAGGGACGUCGGGGACGCCCGCAAGAUCAGGAUGAAGGUGCUCCAGAACUUUGAGCGUGCCGCGCUGCCCACGACGUCCGCGGCAGAUCGCAAGAAGCUGCUGCACUUCGCCAUCGUGGGCGGCGGGCCGACGGGCAUCGAGUUCGCCGCAGAGCUGCACGACCUGGUCAAGGACGACCUGACAAGGACAUACCCGGACCUGAUCAAACACGUCGGCAUCACCGUGUAUGAUGUCGCGCCCAAGGUGCUGCCGAUGUUCGACAAGACGCUCGCCACGUACGCCAUGGAGACGUUCAAAAGGGAGGGGAUCGCGGUCAAGACGGAGCACCAUCUGCAGCGAAUAAGGCCUGACGAGGAUUGCCAGGGGUGUCUCAAGCUCAAGAUCCAAGAGUACGGUGACGAGGAAGUCGGGGCUGGAAUUGUGGUCUGGAGUACAGGGUUGAUGCAGAACCCGCUGGUGUCGAAACUGGUCUCAAAGGAGUUCGAAACGCCAGAGCUCGGCUCACUCCGCGACAAAGGCAAAGGCAAAGGCAACGUCAUGAUACAGAAGGAUGCUAGGACGGGCGGUAUCGUCACAGACUCCCACCUCCGCGUUCAGGUAAUCCCUGCUGAGUCAAAGACCAACGACAGCAAGGACGUUCCCGAAUCAUCAUCUCUCCCAGACGUCUUCACGAUCGGGGACUGCGCCGUCAUCCCCGGAAGCGGCCUGCCAGCUACGGCGCAAGUUGCCAGCCAGCAGGCAACAUACCUCGCGAAGCAGUUGAGCAAAGGCGCCCUAAACGACGACAACAACAAGGCCGCCAAACCGUUCAAGUUCCGCAACUGGGGCACGAUGACAUACCUCGGCAGCUGGACGGCGAUCCACCAGAGCAGCGCCGACGAGCUCAAGGGUUGGGCGGCGUGGGUACUCUGGCGAACAGCGUAUCUGACCAAGAGUAUGAGUAUCCGCAACAAGAUCAUGGUUCCCGUGUAUUGGGCAACCUCGUGGUUGUUUGGGAGAGAUAUCUCGAGGUUCUGAAGAAGAUGAGUAGGAUGAUUGGACGCUCUCUUUUCAGUCGGAUGUGCGGCACCACGAUAUCAAACUACUACCGAAGAAGCUACUCCCUCGAAAUUUGUACUAUAUCCCAGAAGCUAGCGUUGUGAAAACAUAUAAGCUUAAUCAUACUCGAGGGACAAACGACCAGUCUUUAUGACAGGUGGAUGUAUAACGCUGACAUGGUGUUGCCAUUUGCGAAGACAUGGAUGUCGUUAGUGCCCGUGGCGUCGGCUCCAUGAAUUUAUUCAGAAGAAAAAAAAAGAAAAAAGAAAGUGUCGAGAACUUGUGUUGAUUACAGUGCGAGCCGUCCAUAGAUGGCUCUGCACGAGAAGUGGCCUUGGAUCAUGGCGUUGCAAGU